AUGCCAGCCGAAGCUUGGUAUAAAAGGGCCUAUGGGUUUGCCAGAGAAAAUCCCGGCACGACCGCUCUGUACGCCACUUCCGGUGUUGCCACUGCGUUCAUGGUCGCUCCGAUGGCCGUCGCCGGUGCCGGCCUAGGGCUCAUAGGAUUUACGGCCAACGGCGUAGCCGCAACCUCUAUGGCUGCCGGCUGGCAAGCAUCCAUCGGCAGCGUUGUGGCACCGAGCCUGUUUGCCACGCUUCAAAGUGCCGCUGCCGGUGGCUAUGGGGUGGCUGCUGUAGGUUCGGCAGUCAGCUCGGUGUCCGGCCUCCUCGGAGUCUCGACGGGCGUGGCGGCCGCGCUGCGCACGAAGAAAAAGCGCGAGGAGGGCGACGACGAUGACGAUGAUGAUGCGGAUAAAGAUGAAGAGGCAGAGGAUACGGCAGAGACAGUCGUGGGCGAGGAAGAUACUUUCAUAGAGAGAGGAAGAGAGUCAAAGUCUUGA